GUGGCAUCGCACUUUAUGCUGCGUUAAAGACAACUGGAAACUCGUGAAAAACGGGCUCCGACUGGAAAAAAUCGUUUUGAAUGGUCCCCCAACUCGGAAUUCCAAGUUGAAAACUCGGGCAUCUUUGUAGAUCUCCAACUUUCCGUUCUGAACAUCAUUAAAGUCAUGAUUUGACCUCGUUUUUUCCCGAGUUCCCAGUUGUCUUGAAAGCGCCAUUAUACUUCGACACGACCGACAAAGCUUUCUCCUCUGGGCAUCUCUCUCGCUAUACCGGUUUAGCGGAUGGGUGAAGGAUGAUGAUGGAGAGGCCCAGGUCACGGUAGCUAGCAGUGCGAGUAUGCGGAGAAAGAUUUAGUUAAACACCGAGUUUCAGUUUUGGAGAGGAUUCUAGUGGAUUUGCCAAGUGAUCUGUCUGGAAAUUAACCUGAUAAACAAGAUGAAGAGGGGCUUGCUGCGUGGCUUACUGCCAGAGGUGUCUAUCCGACUGCUGCUUCUGGUUGUCUUCCUUGUGACAGAGCAGCUUCCACCCUUUAUUCGUGAGAUCCAGGCAGAGGAGAUGUGGCUGUAUAGAUUUCACAGAGUGGAGAAUGACCAUGUCCCCACCUCGCUCAUGUUUAGCGUGGCGUGUUUCACUCCAUUCCUGGUGAUCCUGCUUUUCACCUUUCUGAAGAGAGUUGAGAGCGGAGACGUGAGAGAGGCCUCGCUAGCGGUGACUCUGGCUCUGGUACUGAACGGAGUUUUCACCAACGCCAUCAAGCUGGUCGUGGGCCGGCCACGGCCAGACUUCUUCUACCGCUGUUUCCCAGACGGACAGAUGAACCUGGAGAUGCACUGCAGCGGCGACUCAGAAGUGGUCAUGGAGGGCAGGAAGAGCUUUCCCAGUGGACACUCCUCCUUUGCAUUCACUGGACUGGGCUUCACAGCGCUGUAUGUUGGAGGUAAGCUGCGGUGCUUUAAUCUGGGGGGUCGGGGCAGGGCCUGGAGACUGUGUCUCUUCCUCGCUCCCCUCCUCCUAGCCUUCAUGAUCGCUCUCUCCAGGACCUGCGACUACAAACACCACUGGCAAGAUGUGUUGGUGGGUUCUGGUCUGGGUCUGGUGUUCUCUUGGCUCUGCUACAGACAGCACUACCCCUCCCUCCAGGACCCUGACUGUCACCGGCCACUACGCCACAGAGAGACUGUUCCUGCUGUGCAGGAACGCAAGCUGGCCAACUCCAACUACAUAUUACCUCUAUAGCUGGCCAACUACACAUUACCCCUAUAGCGCUACUCCAACUAUAUAUUGGAAUCAAAUCAAAUUGUAUUUGACACACACGCCGAAUAAAACAGGUGUAGACCUUACAGUGAAAUGCUCACUUACAAGCCCUUAACCAACAAUGCAGUUUUAAGAAAAAAUAUGUGUUAAAGUAUUUACUAAAUAAACUGAAGUAAACAAUACAUAAAUAAAAAUGGAAAAAAAUAAAAUAGAUAAAUAACAAAUAAUUAAAGAGCAACAAUAAAAUAACAGUUACGAGGCUAUAUACAGGAGUAACCGGUACAGAGUCAAUGUGCUGGGGCACAGGUUAGUCGAGUUAAUUGAGGUAAUAUGUACGUGUAGGUAGAGGGGGGGGGGGGGGGGGGGGGGCAGCGCACAAUUGGCCCACUAUUGGCCGGUGUAGGCCGUCGUUGUAAAUAAGAAUCUGUUCUUAACUUACUUGCCUAGUUAAAUAAAGGUUAAAUACAUGUCGUUUUGUAUUCAGGAA